UGCACGUGCCGCCCAUGUCGCAUGAGCGCCUCGUGCCACCAUAUAUACGCGGCGGCCAGCCUUCAAUUGGCAGAGCCGCAUGCUCAUCAGCAGCUGCAAUUGCACCGGCCAUCACCGUAGCUUAGCUUCCAUCAUCGCCGGCCGAAGGCGCCUCCGUGCACUGCCGGCGUACAGCACAGAGUAGCACGGGAAAACGAUGGCCCGCGGCUUCAAGCACCACCUCGCGGCCACGGCCGUGCUGGUCAUCGCCUGCGCGCUCGCCGCCGCCCCGACGGCCGGAGCGUUCGCGCCGUCCGGCUGGAGCAAGGGCAGCGCCACCUUCUACGGCGGCAGCGACGCCUCCGGCACCAUGGGCGGCGCGUGCGGGUACGGCAACCUGUACACGCAGGGCUACGGGACGCGGACGGCGGCGCUGAGCACGGCGCUCUUCAACGACGGCGCCUCCUGUGGCCGCUGCUACAAGCUCACCUGCGACGCCCGGUCCGACCCCCGCUGGUGCCGCCGGGGCGCCUCCGUCACCGUCACCGCCACCAACUUCUGCCCGCCCAACUACGCGCUGCCCUCCGACGACGGCGGCUGGUGCAACCCGCCGCGGCAGCACUUCGACAUGGCGCAGCCGGCGUGGGAGAAGAUCGGCGUCUACCGCGGCGGGAUCGUCCCCGUCCUCUUCCAGCGCGUCCCCUGCAGGCGCCACGGAGGGGUGCGCUUCACCGUCGCGGGGAGGGACUACUUCGAGCUGGUCCUGCUCACCAACGUCGCCGCCGCCGGCGCCGUGCGCGCCAUGGAGGUGAGGGGAACGCGCACGGCCGGGUGGAUGACCAUGUCGAGGAACUGGGGCGCCAACUGGCAGUCGCUGGCGUACCUCAACGGGCAGGGGCUCUCGUUCCGGGUCACCACCGACGAUGGACAGACCAUCGAGUUCGCCGACGUCGUGCCGCCGUCGUGGAACUUCGGGCAGACGUACGCCAGCAGGCUGCAGUUCAAGUAGUAAAUUUACAUUGCAAGCUGCCCGGGCCGAGCUUCUUUACUGGUCGGCAGUGGCGUGCUUUGCUGGUCUUCUUCUUCGUCUUUCAGUAGUUUAGCUGCCCGCCCACGCGUGCUCGGCCCAGCCACCAGCAUCUCGCUGCUGCUGCUUGUAAUGUCAGCGUUGCCGGCCUUUUCUCUUCUUCAACAUGCCGCUUUCGCCUU